AUGGAACUUGGGGAACGUCUCACCGGGAAGGUUACUAUAGUUCGCAAAAGGAGGGCCGAUGGUGAUAUGCAGUACAUCCUGAAGACAACGCAUACCAAUUGCUUGGAAGAGCCAACAAACAAUGACGAGCUACAAAUUCUUCAGCUGGUUGGACGACACCAAAACCUAAUUAGAAAGCACCAUUCUAACAAAAACUGGUACAAUGGCAAUACACAGAUUCUCCUGGAGUACAUCAAUGGCCGGUCCCUUAAUGGACUACAUAUUCAGGACGAGGUCCAAUUAUCGAGGGUCGCAAAUCAGAUUUUGGAGGCUCUAACUCAUAUCCACAAGAAAUCAAUAGCACAUAUGGCUAUUCAACCCGAUCACGUGUUGGUGAACCCGAACAUGACUGUGAAGCUGUGCAGCUUUGGGCACUCGAAGAUCAUAGAGGCUGCCAUGUGUCGUGUUAUCCCCUCCUUGGAGCGGGCGGCAGUCAGGCCUGCCCUACCGAAUCACGGGGCUCAAUAUUUGAGCCCCGAGGCAAUACAGGCUGCCAGCUCCAGAAGGGGAUUGAAUGCCCUAAAUCUUUUUCAACAAGAUGUUUGGGGUACGGGAAUGGUUGUGUGGGAGCUGUUUGUAGGCCACUACCCACUCGCCCAGGUUGAUUUUAGUGCUAAUCUAGACACUAUUCAUAGGGCUAUUACUGAUUCCCUCCCGCUGCAGGAGGUGCCCGGAGCUACGGAGGAGUUAAUUGACUUCCUCAAUUCUUGCCUGAACGUAAAUGCCCAGGAAAGAAGCACCGUAGCAACCUUACACAGCAUGCUUUUGUUACUCAGCCGGCAAAUGCAAAUGCCGACACCAAGAUUUAUCAUUGUUGCAAACUUGAAGGAUCAAAGUGAAAUAAGUAAUUCUGAGAAUACAGUCAGUAGUGAGUAG